GACCCUUCCCGUACUUUCACCAUUUUAAAUUAAGAUUAUUUUUAAUAUUUUGUUACUUUGUUUUGUUAUUUGGAUUAUAAUAAAACAGUAUGGGUAAGUGCUAGGUAAAAAAUUAAUUUGCGUGCAAUAAGUAACGUUAUUUGUUUGAGCAUCGGAUUAGGGUGUGCCUGUUACCUCAGAAGUUAUUGUUUAUGUUGUGUACUUUCCUUAUCUUAUUUACAUUAUAGAAUCAUACUUCGUCACUUAGAUUACCCCAGUUUUGUUACUGGUUGUUAUCAUGCAACGAGGACCACCCAGUAAAUUUGAAAUGUCUAAUAUUCGGAACAAUCAAUUAAGAAAUAGAUAUAGAUAUUCUCUUGAAAGUUCAUUGGGUUCAGAAUAUGCAUCUCGGAGUAAGUGUGAUGAAUGUAUGACAAGAGUCCCAUACGCUACCCUUAUAGCAACUAUAAUGUGUAUUCUUGGAGUUGGAGUAUUCUGUGGAACUAUCUAUAGAGGAACAACAUUGACUGGUUUAAUGAUGUUAGAGGUUUUUAAUCAAAGAUUAACCUGGUUAGAGCCAUUACAAACUGCCUGUGUUGUUAUUGGAGCAAGUAUGGGAGCACUUGGGCUAAUGGCGCUUUUUGUUGGAUGUCUAGCCACAGGUGCUACCAGGCAUAAGGUUUAUAGAGGAUCAGGUGCCCGAAUUGGUGGUAGAAUUUCAUGUGCAGUGUUCAUGUCUAUAAUAUACGUACUCCAGCUUGCAUGGUUAGUUAUAUUUGUCUGCCUUGCAAUUGUAACUGUUUUCUAUACUAUAUUUUGGGCAUUAUGUACAUCAGACAGAGUAAUUAAGGAAAAGCGGUGCAUAGACUUUACUCAGUUUAGUUUUAUGUUUCCUUCAACUAUAAGGCCAGAAGAUUUGGAAGUUUGCCCUCCUCAGGAAAUAAAACUUUUUUGUAAGGAUUACGUUGAAAAGGCUGAAUUUAUGUUUAUACUGGCUGUAUUUGCUUGUAUGCUUGUCAUAUUAAGCCUGGUCCAUUAUUUAAUGUGUUUAUCUGCAAAUUAUGCUCAUAUCAGAGAUCAUGAAAAACUCCAAGAGCUUGAAGAAAUACAGAAUUUAAAUGAUUUGGAAGGCUUAACAGCAAGCAAAGAUCGAUUUUAAAACUAUAAAUUUAAAUAUAUUAGUGAAUUUAUCUCAUAAUGAGAUCAAAAAUAAUUCGACAAGGAUGAUGAAAUUGUUUUAUAAAAAAAAGAAAAAUCAUUCAAUAUCAGAUAUUGAGUGUAUAAAUAUUUUUAUAUCUUGAAGCUUUAUCAGAGUUUAGUUUAUUCUUUAAAUUUUCUGUUGUUUCUUU